AUGUGGCACGUUUGGCAUCUUGAGCCGGCCUCAAAGAAGCAAAAACGUGUCGUCCGCAGACGGCACCGGCUGGCAAUCUCUUGCUCUCGAUGCAGGCGCUUGAAGGUAAAGUGCGAUCGACAGACUCCCUGUGAGAAUUGCAAGAGAAAGUCACCGCAAUUGCUUCACGACUUAAAUCCAUCUGGUGGUGAUUCCCCUACUGCUGGGCGGGUGAUUGAGCCGCUCAGAGUCGAGGUUUCUCGAGAGUCUCCAAAUGGUGCGAUGUAUUUAUACCCAGAUACGGCGACGAUCUGGUUGUCAAAGUUUCGAGGCGAGACUCAUUGGGCUGUCUAUCUGAAGGAAUUCAAAUCAAUAUUCUCUCCUGACGACAAUCACCUCGAGUUCCCGCCUCUUCCACAGAUUCACCCAGAAGCAGAUGAUGCCCACGCCGACGCUUCGGGCCUAAAUUCGAACUUCACCAGUCUCUUCGGUAAUCCCAAGGAUUAUAUUCUCUCAAUCAUACCUAAUAAAGACCAAAUCUGGGUUUACGUUGAGAAUUAUCUCUCAACGGUAGAACGAAUAUACCGCGUUUUACAUAUCCCCUCAUUCCGUAAGGAAGUGGAAGCCUUCUGGAAGAAUGAGUCAAUGCCCAGAUGGGAUUGGAUGGCACAGUUCUUAAUGGUUAUUGGCAUUGGCUGGCUCACCACCCCACAUGCAAAUUCGAAGCGAGUAAAACGAUUGCUGAGAGCGGCGGAAGUAUGCCUUCUACAAAUGUCCUUUAUCCUCCACCCGACCCUCCUCACUAUAAAUGCACUCUGCAUGAUGGUGAUUGCAAAGCAUAUGGGCGCGAUGUCAUGCCACGAGUACGAUUCGUGCGGGCCUCUCAUGGGAAUUGUGAUCCGUCAUGCCAUGUCCCUUGGCCUACACUGUGAUCCGGCCUUAAGUUUGAAGGAUAUAUCGCCAUUUCAAGCAGAAAUGCAAAGAAGACUAUGGACGACCAUUGUCCACCUUGAGCUGCAACAGUCAAUCACCAGUGGCAGUCCCCCUCUUCUUAAGAGAGAUGAUUUCAACACACUACCACCUCUAAAUUUAAACGACGAUGACCUCGACCCGUGUAGGGAAGAGCCCUUUGUGCCAGCUGCAGAGUUCGAAUUUACAGAUUCUUCCUUCCAGAUUCUCCUCACAGGUGCAUUUACAACAGCAUUCGAGAUAGUCACCACUGCAAAUUCUCUAUCAGGAAACAUUAGCCACAGCAGAGUGAUCCAUCUCGACUCCAUUCUACGAAGCCUUCUCAUGGAAACCUCAUUUCUCCGAAACACUUUAUCCAUAUGGCCCACCAACACAGAAACAAGCUGGAAAGCUCUCCAAGUAUCCACACUGGAAUUAACCUUGCGACGCAUCCUCCUCAUCCUUCACCAGCGAUAUGCCCGUCAACCGCAGGCGAUUAUUUGUUACCCAGCAUCUUACUGGUCCGCAUUGGAAUGCUCUUUGGCCAUUCUCGUCCACCAGCGACAGGUACACGAAGAUCCCGUGCAUAGCGAAUCAGCAAGGUGGUUCGCAGAAUUAUUCAAGAAUGACUUUUUUAUGGCGAUCAUGAUGGUUGGCAUCCAGCUCUGUCGCAAGGACAAUCCUGUGCCAGAUGGAACCGAACCAACGAUGAAAACGAGCGGGUGCUACAAUCAAAUUAUCUCACCAAGGUCGACCAUAUUACAGACACUUAAGUGGUGCCAGGAUAUCUGGACGAGUAAGCUGACUCACUCAUUCUGUCAGUCGAAAGUAAGCGAUAUAAUUGGGCGAAUAAUAGGCAACGUAGAAUUAGAGGUUUAAACGGUAUAUUGAUGAGGCAUUGGUAGCGAAAAUGCGUUUAUGCUUAUGGAGUAUGGAAUGCACACGGUGGAACCUAUUAUGGAUGUACUGUACAUAUAGGACUUUAAAUAGACAAUGUCCAUCACUUCUCAGUAUAAUUGGGAGAAAUGCCUGGCAUUGACACGGAACGCAACGCCACUAUG